CUUACUGAUAAUCUAGAUUAUUUCGAGUUUUUGAGUGUUAUUUUAUGAUAAUCUUUAAUUGAGAUUUAUCAAUUUUGAGAAUUUGUUCAUAUAAUUAGCUAUUAGUUAAUACAAAAACGGUACUUUAAACAAUGUCUGUUAUUCGGGUUUUCACACGUAAUAUGGCCACUGCAGCUAAGAUUAAUAACGUGGUAGUCAUUGGUGGUGGGCUGAUGGGUUCGGGAAUCGCGCAGGUUGCAGCAGCAACAGGCCAUAAUGUUACUUUGGUGGAAGUUAAUGAUCAACUAGUUGACAAAGCUGUUGUCGGAAUCAAGAAAAGUUUGGAACGGGUAGCCAAAAAACAGUUCAAAGAAGAUGCUUCCAAAGGACAGGAAUAUAUCGAAGGAACAUUAAGUAGACUAAAGGGAUCUUCCAAGCUAGAAGAUUCGGUUUCGAACAGUGAUCUUGUCAUCGAAGCUAUAGUUGAAAAAAUGAAUAUUAAGCACGAGCUGUUUGGUAAAAUUGAUGCCGUCGCACCGGCGAGUUCUAUUUUUGCUAGUAACACUUCAUCUUUGUCUAUUGGCGAAAUUGGCUCCAUCACCAAACGAGAAGAUCGUUUCGGAGGACUCCACUUUUUCAACCCUGUUCCUAUGAUGAAACUUCUAGAGGUUAUUCGUACUGAUAAAACAUCCGAAGAUACAUAUCAACAGCUGAUGGAGUUUGGCAAACGAAUGGGCAAAACGUGCAUUACCUGCAAGGAUACGCCUGGUUUCGUCGUGAACCGCUUGCUGGUUCCAUAUAUGGCAGAAGCGGUCCGUUUACUGGAACGUGGGGAUGCAAGUGCCAGAGAUAUAGAUACGGCGAUGAAGUUGGGCGCUGGUUAUCCGAUGGGACCGUUGGAGUUGAGCGACUACGUCGGACUGGAUACGACUAAUAACAUUUUGCAAGGAUGGCAUAAAGCAUUUCCAAAUGACCCCCUGUUUACUCCGCCAAAAAUAUUGGAAAAGUUGAUCGCAGAAGGCAAAUUUGGUAUCAAAACAGGCGAAGGUUUUUAUUCGUACAAAAAGUGAACAUUUGAUUUCAUUUUAUUUUAUAUUCAAUGUUUUUUGAGAUUGGAAAAAUACA